ACGGACUCAAAACACUCUCUCUCUCUCGCGGCGACUUCCGAUUUACCGUUCGAUCUGAGAUGGCGGAUUCCGAUAACGAUUCAGGCGGUCACAAGGACGGUGGAGGGAUCGCGUCGUCGCGUGAGCAGGAUAGGUUUCUGCCGAUCGCGAACGUGAGCCGGAUCAUGAAGAAAGCGUUGCCUGGGAACGCGAAAAUCUCCAAGGACGCCAAGGAGACUGUGCAGGAGUGCGUAUCGGAAUUCAUCAGUUUCGUCACCGGAGAGGCGUCCGAUAAGUGUCAGAGAGAGAAGAGGAAGACGAUCAAUGGCGACGAUCUUCUCUGGGCGAUGACGACGCUAGGGUUCGAGGAUUACGUUGAGCCGUUGAAGGUUUACCUGCAGAAGUAUAGGGAGUUGGAAGGGGAGAGGAUGACGACGGGGAGACCGGGUGAUAAGGAAGGUGGCGGCGGCGGAGGAAAUGGAAGCUCUGGCGGUGGAGGAGGUGGAUAUAAUGUCGGAGGAGGGAUGUACGGUGGGAUGGUGAUGGGGCAUCAUCAUCAAGGACACGUGUACGGUGGAAGUGGGAUAAAUUAGAGAAACAGUAACCUCUCUCUAUCUGUCUCUGCUCUCACCUUGCGUAGCUCUGACUCGGUUAACUUGAAAUGACUCGCACAGGAGAAUAGUAUAUGCAAUGUUAAUUCUUAAAGUGUUUGUUCUUACAUGAUUCUAAAUCAUUUUGUAUAUAAUUAAUAUGCUGUAUAAAAGAGUUUUUUUUUUUUUUUCGUUUCAGCCACGGAAAGAGCCUUGUAGAAAUCUGAUCCCUUUGUUACUCUCAAAGCCUUCUUAAUUCGUGAUGAAACAAGGAGUGUAGUGUUACAUUUUGGUAUAUUCUACAAGUGCAAAGGCUGAUAGAUAAUACCAUAAGAAACUCUUUUUUCCAGUCUCUGUUUAUGUCAUUUCUCUAUCUUUAAAUUUUUAUCUGUCAUGUUUUAUCGCUGCAUAAUAAGAUUAAAUCUACUAAAA